GCUGACAGUAAUUAAUAGUGACAUAUGACACGGUUAUAAGUUUAAAAAAAUGGUUGAUUAUAAUUUUGACCCCCUUUUAAAAAUAACAAAUUCAACUGAAUUAAAAAAGUUUUUACACGAAUGUAUUGACGAUCUAAUAGAAAAACGAAAAAUAAAUUUUGAUAAUUAUAAUAGUGGCCCUAUUGAAUGGACAAAAGGCGAUUUUGAGACGGCAAAAAAGAAUGUACAAUUAUUUUUUAAAAACUCCACAAUAGAAAAUAAUUUUGAUGUUCGGUUAGAAUAUUUAGAAGAACAUAUUCAAGAAAUUAUAAAAUGCUGUUUAGAAAUUAGGAAAAAUGAUGUGUUUCAAUAUUUAGCUAGAACUUAUGUAUUGAAAAACGGAAAUAACUUAGUAGAAAAUAUCGAUUGGCGCUUAAAGUGGGUGUUAGGUUCAUCGGAUUUAGCAAUUUUAAAAGAAGCUUACCUGCAAAUUGAUUUAAAUGGUGUUCAAAAUAAGGAUGAGAAAAUUCAAAAGACAUCUAUAUCUUUUGAAGCGAAUUUGGAACAAGUAGAUCAGAUUAUUAAGGAAUUAAAAGCUGUUAAGAAAGAAUUAAGUAACAAGUAAUGUUUACAACAAAAGGGUGGUCCAUAAACACUAUUAUAAAAUUUAUAAAUACCUAUACAUUUUUGUAUAGUACCUAUUUUUUUAUGUAAUGAACUAUACUUCCUUUGUGAGAAAGUAUUAAGUAAGAAUUGGAAAUGUAAAAAAAAUAAAAGUAUUUUAAUUUAUUAAGGAGUCAAUAGUCAUGAAAUAAAUGAUAUUUAAAACCCUAAAUUAGUAAAGAUAAAGGAAUGUACAAAAGUUAUUAAAAGCUAUUUCCUGAAAAA